AUUAUAUAUACCAUUAUUAUUCGCUAAUCUUGUAACAUAAAAGUAUAACGUAUAAAUAAAAAGAGAUUUUUUGUCAAUGUAAGGUAUCACGCACGUAAUCGAGACAGAUUCGUUGCGAUGAUAUACCAGGUCGGUUAAAAGUCUUUGGGUUUUUAAAAAUUAUAUAUUCCGUUAUUAAUGUGAUUGGAAAUUAGUUUUUUGAGGAUAGCAGAAGAGUGAAGAUCAUGUUAAUCAUUAUAUCAGCUGUAGUACUAUGCGUUGUCGACCAACAGUAUGCUAUGAAGUAUUUACACCGGUUCGGGUACGCAAAUGAAAAUGAUUUGACUAAACUUGAGGAUUAUUUGUUGAGUUUUCAAGAUAUAAUAUCCCUGCAACGGGGGAAUUAGAUGAAAAUACAAUUCAACUUCUAAAUAGACCAAGAUGUAAUGUAAGUGAAGCAGCUUCCGACGAUGAUCAUUCUUUUAGAGUUAAAUCAAAAUGGACAAAAUUUGAUUUGAAAUGGUAUUUCCCUCAGGCAACCCCAGAAUAUCUUAAAGUAACCAAAAAGGCUUUUGAAGUGUGGAGUAACAGUUCAAAGUUUAAAUUUGAAUUAAUACACAAAAUACGGCCUUAUGCUCCCGAUAUAUCUAUUACAGUUGUACGGGGAAAGCACUAUUUUCGAGCAAAUUGCCAAGGUAGAGGUGAGUGCUCCAGUACAUUUGAUGGGCCCGGAAAGGUGUUGGCACAUGCUUAUUUCCCAAAAGGCAACAGUUGUAUAGAGCUUCAUAUUGAUGCUGAUGAGAAGUGGGAUUUAAGUUUGGAUGGAUCAAGUUCAGAAGAUCAGACUAGCCUACUUAUGGUAUUAAUUCAUGAAAUUGGGCAUAUUUUAGGAAUUGCUCACAGUGAUAUUGAGACAGCAAUAAUGUAUCCAUGGUAUCAAUUCAACAUUGCUCCUAAAUUGGAUGAGGAUGAUAAAAUGGCCCUUGAAGCUCUUUAUGGGCCAAUCAAUACAUAUGUAAAUAAUCCUUUCAAACCCACAUCAGCGCUGCCACCGACUACAAAGACACUUUCACAUCAACCAAAUGAACCGGAUAAAAAUUUAUGCGACAUAAUACCGGAGUAUAUGUUCAUUGCCAUGGCUGGUGAAUUUGAAAAUUACCAUUUAUAUAUUAUUAAUGAAAAUUCCCUAUGGAAAAUUGAUUUGAAUUCGAAACUUAUUCCCUCGCAACCAGAAAUACUCGAUGAUUAUUUACCUGAAGAAGUGGGUCCCAUAAUUCAGAUUUUUCAAAGUUCUUCAGAUAAUUUAAUAGCAGUCAAUGACCGUAAAUACUAUGUAGCAGAUUUUCCCGCUCUACAAAUACUUGAGGAAAAUAAUUUAAUUAUACCUAAGAAUUCUCAAAUAAACACAAUGUUUCAAAGCAAUCAUGGGAAAAUAUAUGUAUUUUAUAAUAACAGUAAUUAUAUUGAAUUUGACAAGAUCUUGAAAACUGUUCGGAAUAGAGGACAAAUAAAAGAUAUUUUCCCUGGACUACCCACAGAUGUUACAGGAGCAUUCCAGUACAUUGACGGACACAUCCGGAUCCUUUAA